GUAAAUGGUCCGAAAGACGAUGACGCAAUCGACCUGUCCCAUCAUCCUCUACGGAACCCGGAAGUGUCCAGAAUUUGGUGCAGAGAAACAGAAACUGGGUGUUUAGUCCAGAAAGACGUGCACGUGGAAGAAUUAGAGCAGAAUUAGAGUAUGGCAGCUUUACCAACUGGACCCCUAACCGCGGCCGAUGCUUCCUAUAAACUAGCUCCACCCCUUCACGAUGCCCUGAAGCCGCUGGCCUGGUUACUGGGGACAUGGAGGGGUGAGGAGGGGAAGGGAGACUACCCCACCAUCAAGGACUUCAAGUACAAGGAAGAGGUCAAGUUCGACCACGUGGGACAACCCAACCUACAUUUACACAAUAAUUCACAGUUCUGCUCGUCCCACUAUGAGACCGGCAAGCCGCUCCAUCGAGAGAAAGGCUUCCUGAAGAUUCAGCCAGGCACUAGCCACCUGGCUCUGGUCAACACACAGAACGUCGGUAUAGUAGAGCUGUCAGAAGGGGAGGUCAAAGGUCAGGAGAUCAUGCUGGAAUCCCACACCAUAGGGAGGAUGACCUUCGGCAAGGACCCAGCUGUUACCAAGAUCCAGAGAACGUUUCGCCUGGUGGAUGCAGACACUUUAGAACAGGUGGUUCAUAUGGAGACCAGCGCAACCGCCCCCGCACAGCACCACCUGUCCAUUCAGUACAAGAAGGUUGCAUGAUCUUCCUGCAGUUUGGGGGUAUUCUGCAAGGUGGUGCUUAUUGGAGUUUCUCAUGAAGGAUGCUAGCCUGGUAUCCAGCCAUAAUAUUAUAAGCUCCCGAGUCUCUUCUCUUGCAAAGAGGAGAGAAGAGACUCGGGAGCUAUAAUACGGCUGGAUACCAGGCUAGAAGGAUGCCGCAUUGUCUAUAACUAGGGGUAGGUAGCUUGUACCAGAUCUAGAUUCAAUAGGUAGUAGAACUAUUCCAAGUAAACUUAAUGAAUAGCCAUAUGAGAUAAGUGAUUAUCAUCUCAUUGAAGCUGCGGUAUCGGGGGGUAAUUUGCUGUGGUUCGAGCAAUUAGACCUAGCACUCAACGAAAUUAAAUUUUCAUUGAUGAAAAACUACUCUUUUUACACUUCGUGUGUUAAAAAUACAGUUUUCUACCUAGGAACUGUACUUAAUGGCUGGCUUACUCUUCUGGGAUGUUAUUCAGUCUCUUUGGUUAAUUUGAAUCAACUAUUUCCGAUGGAGUCUGGUAGAGACUAGACGAUAGGACCAACGCAUGAAGCUAAAUAAGACUGGAUGCUUGUCUUUUCUCAAUAGCAUUGUACUUCCUUCCAACAUUGUAUUGUAUCAAAGUUUGGUUGGUGACAUUUUACAUUAAGUUCAGUUUUGUUUAGACCAUUUAUUUAUUUAUUUGUUCUACUGUUUUGUCUUCUAAUUUUAUUUUAGAGAAAGCUGCAAAAAAUCAAGGUACCUUUCAUACAUGGAAUGUACUUUUCAAUGUACGAAAUGACAAAAGAAACUCUUUAUUCACACAGAAGUUGAAAAGCUUUAUUACUGUCAGUCUGGCAAACACACAAGUACAUUUUUAUACAUGAAGUUACACAUGUCGAACAUUAGUUAAGUUAAUCUAUGACACACUAGGACAAAUGCAUAAAUGUUCACAGUUUCUUUUGCUGGCCCCCCAACUUGAACCUCAAUUAUCUGAAUUGUAUAGGAUCAAUAGGUUAAAUAGAUAGAUAUAGACAUUAAUUCAUUAAAUCAUACCACAAAAAUACUU